AUGCAGGGGCUAUUCUUUACUAACAGUACGGCAGUCUAUGGGAUUACCGUUCGUGCUAGGAACGUUGCAUCAAUGCUUGGUGCGGGACUCAAGAGUUUGGCUGGUGGAGAAGUCGGUGUACUAACAACAAAUAUGGUACGCUGUCGAGAUGAGGCCAUGGAUAGAAUGAUAGCAGGCGUACAUCAAGUUGGAGGAAAUGCAGUUUAUGCAUUCCGCUUUGACGUUAACUCUCCUGAGCCUGGCUGGACCGAAGUAUGUUGCUACGGUACUGCUGUAACGGCAGUUCCCCGGAAAAAUAACAGUUCUUACCAGAAGCAAUAA